AUGGCAACACCGCAGAUGCAGAGCGAUAUCAGGCUCGAGCAGCCUUUCGCGGAUUCGAUGGAUACAACCAAGAUUACACCUCCCGAGUCGACACACUCGGUCCAGGACGUGCUCGUCGAGGAUUCGUCUUCUGUCAUAGACCCAGCUGCUCAGGAUGGGGCUCCCGAGGGCCUCGUGAUGGGUGAUGCUGCUGCCACGUCGCAUCCUGGCGACAUUGGUAUCUCUCAGAAUGCAGCGAAUACACCCACCGAAUCGGCAGAUCAUAUUCACGAACCCGCACGUGGGCUAAUGUCAAUCCGUCGUCUGGUGCAAACGGGAAGGGACAUCGUCAAGCUUCCACACAUCUCGGCCAAAGAUUUGAAGCCCGUUGUCAUUGAUAUACCAAGAGAUUGCAUGCGUUGGAGUGGUCUCAUCAACACCUCAGCUGGUCCCCGUGGAGCCCCAGGCUUUACGAAAAGAUCAAUAUCUGACUUCCGUUCUUGCCAGACACCCCGUGGCUGA